AUGACUGUGGAAAUGAAAGUUGAAAGCCCAAUAGACGAUGCAGAAGAUGCUGUGGUGAACAAGAUCAUCGAGGAUGGUGAAAAAAAAGAGUUUCGAAAUGAUCAAGAACUAUUAGAUUUCGAUCAAUUAUCAACUGAUUUCAAAUUGGAAAGAUUGCAACAUUUGGUGAAACAGAGUCAAGUGUUUUCAAACAUCAUCAGUGAUACGUUGUUGGAGAGCAGUUUGACAAAGAAGAAAGCUAGAGAGGAACAAAAAGCAGGUGGUGGUGAACCUCCAAAGAAGAAAUCAAAGAAGAAUGGUAAAUCUAGCAAACAGGCAAAUAUCAUGGAUUUCUACAAGAAGGAUAAUCAAAUGUCUGAAGAGGCAAAAUUGACAAAAUCCAAGAUUGAACAGUCUCAGACAAGCUCCACCAUUAAACAACCAUCAUUAGUUUCUGGUGCUGAAAUGAGAGAUUAUCAAUUAGAAGGUACUGAAUGGUUAAUCACAUUAUAUGAGAAUGGAUUAAAUGGUAUACUUGCAGAUGAAAUGGGUCUUGGUAAAACGAUUCAGUCCAUUGCAUUAUUGGCCUUUUUGUAUGAACAAGGUAUAAAAGGUUCUUUUCUAAUCACUGCGCCUUUAUCCACGGUGGGUAAUUGGGUUAAAGAAUUUGAAAGAUUUGCUCCAAGUAUACCUGUAUUAGGAUAUGUUGGUUCAAAAGAUGAAAGAAAAGAGCUCCGUGAACAAUAUUUCGUUAAGAAUCAAAAAGCUGUCAUUAUUACAAGUUAUGAAAUUGUUUUAAGAGAUUUUGAACAUUUGAAUAGAAUUAGUUGGAAGUUCUUAAUAGUGGAUGAAGGUCAUAGAUUGAAGAAUGUCAAUUGUAAAUUGAUUAGAGAGUUGAAAAAAUUGAAAACUAGUAAUAGGUUAUUAAUCACUGGUACUCCUUUACAAAAUAAUUUGAAUGAAUUAUGGUCAUUGUUGAAUUUUAUCCUUCCUGAUAUUUUCCAUGAUUUGGAACUUUUCCAAAAAUGGUUUGAUUUUAGCUCAUUGAAUUCGUUGUCCGAAAGUGUUAAAGAUGAUCAAACCAGGAAGCUUAUUGACUCCAAGAUCCAAGAAAGUUUAGUCAACAAUUUGCAUACGAUUUUAAAACCAUUUUUAUUAAGAAGAUUGAAAAAAGAUGUCAUCAAAAACUUACCAUCCAAAAGAGAAUACAUUGUUUAUGGAACUUUAACUUCAAAACAAUCAGAGAUUUAUAAAGAUGCUUUAUUCAAAUCAUUAAAGAAAUCAAUAAUGAAAUUUGCAUUGAAUGAACACAUUGCUGUGAAUAAUCUUUCAAUAAGCAAACAAGAUAUUGAUCAAUUCAUAUUUAAGAAACUUGACUCAAGUUAUGUUGAUUUUGAAGAAGAUGAUGAAGAAGAUCAAGAAUCAAAUGAUCGUACAUUACGUUCAGAAAAACAAGAAAGAUUAGCACUCAAAUUACAACAAAACAAAAUAUCAAAACAAGAAUCACAACUAAAUGAUAUUUGGACAUUAAUAUCCAAAUAUGUUGAUGCUAAAAAAAUUCAAAAUUUGAUGAUGCAAUUAAGAUUAGUUUGUAACUCCCCUUACUUGUUUUAUUUCCCAUGGGAAAGUGAACAUGAUAUGGAUUUGGCAAAACUAUUGGAAAAUUCAAGUAAACUUCAAUUGUUAGAUCAAUUAGUACCAAGGUUACUUGCUAAGGAUCAUAAAAUUUUAAUUUUUUCUCAAUUUACUAAAAUGUUGGAUUUGAUUGAAGAUUGGUGUGAAUUGAAAGGGUUUAAAGUUAGUAGAUUAGAUGGGUCUGUUAGUCAACAAGAUAGAGAAGUGGAGAUUUCAAGUUUCAAUGAGGAUGAUGAAGUUAAAAUCUUUUUGCUGAGUACUAGAGCUGGUGGGUUAGGCUUGAAUUUAACAAAAGCUGAUAGUGUCAUCAUAUUUGAUAGUGAUUGGAAUCCUCAGGUUGAUUUACAAGCAAUGGAUCGUGUUCAUAGAAUAGGCCAAACCAAACCAGUUGUUGUUUAUAGAUUUGUUAUAGCAAACACUAUUGAACAAGUUAUUUUGGCAAAAGCUGAUUCGAAAAGGAAAUUGGAGAAGUUGGUUAUUCAAUUGGGUAAAUUUGAAUCAUUGAAGAGAUUAAUGAAUAAAGAUACCCAGUUAACAUUUGGAUCAGGUAAUAAAAAGGAUGCCAUUAAGGAAGAAAACCAAUUGGCUAAAGAACUAGCUGCUUUAUUUGAGGACAAUAGAUUCAAGACUAAUGGGCAUGUUAUUGAAGAUUCCAAGUUAACUGAAGUUGAGAUUGAAGAACUAUUGGACAGAAGUGAAGAUGCGUAUAACAGAGGAUUGGACUACUAUAAGAACAAAGGUUUCAAGCACAUUCAAAUCUUUGAAACAACUGCGUCAUUGAGUUAGAGGAAAGGGAUUUAAUAGGUUACAGGGAAUAAUAAUGGAUAAUUUAUAAUUUGUUUGUAGAUUCGCGAAACAUAUUUG